AGUGUGUUGUGUAUAUGUUCAUUAGUGUGUGUAAACCUCUCUCGUUCUCUCUCUAAAAUACUCUCUCUCUAAAACCACCAAACACCAUCGAUCACACCAUUCUUCCUCAGCUCCCUCCCCCGACACACUUGAUCACACAUACUCCUCUUUAUUUUCUUUCCUUCUUUAUUUCUUUCUCUAUAUCUGUAUACAUAUAUAAUUUUGUUUGUAUAUUUAUAUAUAAAUAUAUUAUUAUACUAAAGGUGUGUAUAGGUGUCAAAAAUGGAGAGGUACACUGGAAGUCAGACAAUGGAGGGGGCGCCGUCGGAUCCGGUGGCGCAAUGGGCUCCUCCUGGUGGUGAAACCGGGCUCGAAGAGCCCAUGUGGCAGUUGGGUCUAGAGGGUGGGCCCCAAUCGUACCCCGAGAGGCCCGACGAGCCUGAUUGUAUCCAUUAUUUGAGGACUGGUUUCUGUGGAUAUGGCUCUCGUUGCCGGUUCAAUCAUCCCCGAGACCGAAGCGCGGCAAUGGGAACUUUGAGGGCUACCGGUGGCGAGUACCCAGAGCGCUUUGGGCAACCGAUCUGCCGGUACUAUAUGAGAACGGGAAUGUGUAAAUUUGGUGCUUCCUGCAAGUAUCACCAUCCAAAACAGGGAAUUGGAUUUUCAGGCUCAGUGACCCUGAAUUAUGAUGGAUAUCCAUUGCGACCGGGUGAAAAAGAAUGUUCGUAUUAUGUUAAAACAGGAGAAUGCAAGUUUGGGGCCACCUGUAAAUAUCAUCAUCCUCUGCCAGCUGGAAUGCAAGUGCCUGCACCAGCACCUGGCCCGGGACCUGUGCCUGCACCUGCACCCACAAUGUAUACACCAAUGCAAUCGCUACCCAUACAAACUCCCCAGCAAUAUGGAGUAUUUUCUGGCAACUGGCCAGUUGCAAGGCCAGCUAUGCUUCCGGGUUCAUAUGUCCAGGGAACUUAUAGUCCCAUGCUCCUUCCUCCAGGGGUCGUUCCCGUUCCUGGUUGGACUCCUUAUCAGGCACCUGCUAGUCCUGCGGCUUCCCCAAGUACUCAACCUAUAACGCAGUUUUCUCCUUCAGCGGUUGCAUACAUAGGACCAUAUCCAUCCAUAACGUCUUCUGCUGGCCCUUCAGGCAGCAAUCAGAAGGAGCAAGCAUUUCCAGAAAGACCCGGCCAACCAGAAUGCCAAUAUUAUUUGAAGACUGGGGAUUGUAAAUUUGGUUCUACAUGUAAGUAUCAUCAUCCACCAGAGUGGAGUGCACCGAAGACAAAUUUUGGGCUUAGUCCUAUUGGUCUGCCCUUGCGCCCGGGUGCACCACUUUGCUCUCAUUAUGCACGAACUGGAGUGUGCAAAUUUGGGCCAUCAUGCAAAUUUGAUCACCCAAUGAGAACAUUGAGUUACAGUCCAUCUGCAUCCUCUCUUACUGAUAUGCCUGUUGCUCCUUAUCCUGUGGGAUCCACACAUGCAACUUUGGCUCCAUCAUCCUCGUCAUCAGACUUGAGGCCCGAGCUUAUUUCUGGAUUUGGCAGAGACACCUUCUCAACCCAAAUGUCUUCUAUGAACAAUUCAAGUGCUUCAGUUGGUUCAAUAUUUUCACCAAGCGGGCACAUUCCUCAAUCCAGUGGUCAGCAGCCAGGACAGGGUUCUACCUUUUCAAGUGCCAGCAGUAGCAUAGGCUGAGGAGGUGAGAUUCACACAUCGAGCUGAAUAGAAGGGUUCAGCCAUUUCGUUCUCUCUGUUAAUCAACCUUCAUGAACUCAACGUUAAUUUUUGGUCCAAAUUCUCUAUAGGAUGCUCGGUCUUAGUUCAAUGUAGCAUAUUUAGCUGUGUCAAUUGAAUAAGCCACAGAUACCCCUCAAAAUCUGGCAACAGCUCAUUAGCUUUUUCAGCAGUCUUUGAAUAACAUGAAACAAAACCAACUUCCCAUUUAGAUAAUUUUCAUCAUUGCCCAAAUUUUUGGAGCUUGUCAUGUCUAUUUAAUGCCUUUUUUCAGAAUGAAAAAGAUAUAAUCCUCACUGUUCUCUGCCACUGGUUUUCUCGAUUACCUAUAUUCUCCUUCCCUCUUUCGGAACAAACUUCCAUAUUGUCUAGGGAAUGAAUUUUAAGGUCUUUCUUGAUCCCUUGAUUUGUCUUGUCCUUUUGUUGCGGAAGCAAUGAUAAAUUUGGAGACUGCAGGGAAUUUGAUACCACCUUAUGUGUAAGAUAUAUAGUUAUCUAGUCAGACGAAUUGUGUGAACGCUUCUCUGUAUUUUACCAACCAAUACAGACGAGAAAAUGUUGAGUUUGGUGAUUAUUGCUCUUUGUUGUGUUUGUUUUUGUUAAA